AUGCAGACGCCAUCCGUCCUCAUCGUCACCAGCACCCUCACGGCCGCUGCGUCCGCGCUGCAGCCGGCCAUCGUCAACGGCACCGUCGUCACUCUGACCAAGGUCCACGACUACGUCGAGACUUGGUGUCCGGAGCCCACGACGCUGUACUUCAACGACAAGGCGUACAGGAUUGACAAGCCUACUACUUUCGUCCUGGAUGGGUGCCCCUGCACUGAGGUCUGGACUACUCAUCAGGCUGCCCAGCCUACCGGCCAAGCCCAACCGCCACCGGUCAAACCCCCAGCGCAGACUGGUGGUCCCGGCUACGGCGGCUAUGGUGGUUACGGUGCUUACACACCUGGCCAGGGCGGUCAGCCUGGUCAACCCGGCCAGCCUCAGCAACCGGGCCAAAGUGGUGCACCUGGUGCUGGUUACGGCGGCUACGGUGGCUACGGUGCUUACACGCCCGGCCAGGGUGGUGCUCCGGACGCAGGCAACCCCGGUGGUGCCCCCGGGAGUGGUGGUUCACCCGCCAGCUCCGGCCGCCCUGUUCUGUGUGGCGGCCAGUCGUGCCCUACAAACGUCGUCUUGGCUGGCGCCGAGAAGCAGGCCGUCCUCGCUAGCACUUUUGCCCUUGUGGCUGGUGCCAUCGCCCUCGUCGCCUUGUAA